AUGCCAAGCCCAACUGCACCAGCAGCAGCAGCAGCAGGAGGAGAGCAUCGCCCUGACAGAGACGACCAUUCUAUCAACGAGAUCUCCAGGCCAGCAACAGUGACAGAGCUGGUGGGAGAUGCCCGCUGCCAUCCUUGUCGGCAACAGGGUAGAAGAUGCCAUGUCGAGAAAGCCUCGACGUCGUGUUUUCAGUGCUGCUCGGUACCCGAAGACUGCAUCUUUGAGCGUCUCAUCGUGGUCAAGGGCCGAGUAUCCGACUUUGCAUGGUCUGAUCUGAUUGGUGAAACAUCCACCACCAUAAGACAGGCAAAGUAUACUGUAUCGCUGGCCGAGGAGCCUGUGAAGAAACCCGCGCUUCCUGCCAUACACGAAAUCCUCAAACAGGACCUUCAGGGACUUGCACACGCCGAGAAUCCUCCUCUCGGUGGUGCGAGGCAGUCCGCUGCCCUUUGGACACCGCAGGAGGGCGCCAUCUCAGUUCUGAUAGAGCCCGCUCGCAGCACCGUCUCGGAAGUAUCAUCUCGAGGUUUCGUCAACUACGUGGCUCGAGACAAAACGGAGAACGUCCAGCGUACUGCGGCGGCGUCGCUUGAGACCAGAGUGCUACAUGCUGCGCCAAAAGCACAGGUGGCCAAGGCAGGAGGGAGCAUCAACGCCGCAAGACGGUCUCCCGCCAGAUUAGCAGACCUCGAGUGUUCUGAUUGUGGGUACCGCGCGAGAACCCGCUCUGACCUAAAGUACGGCACCCUUUUGUACGAGUCCAGGAUCACUGCUGAUAUGCCACUUUCAAGGAAACACCGUGGGCGACACGACCGCGAACACAAAUGUCCGUUUCCAGCCUGCCCUCAAAAGCAGAGGGGCUUUGCCACGAGCAAUGACUUGGACAGACAUCUCUUUGUCAUUCACAAGAUCAACAACAGGAGGUCAAGGUCUUACAAGUGCUUUGGCCAAAACUGUUCAAGGCCAAACCAGGAAUGGCCUCGAUUAGACAAUUUCAAGCAACACCUCAAGAAGUUGCAUCCCGGGGAGAGCGAGAUCUCGCUCCUCCAAAGGUCUAAUGAUUGGUACGAGUGUCGACUUGUCCAACAAAGGGAGCAUGCGAUCCAAGGACAUCCCGAAGGGGCCGAGGCUCCCACAGCAUCGCUCUCACAAUAUGGGAGAGGGGCUUCUGCUCACCUCGAUCGCAACAAAGACAGUGCUGCUGCAGAUGGCGCUUAA